CCGUUAUUCAAUCGAAGAAAAUGUAAGCAAGUAACAACAGACAGAGCGAAAAAAAACCCAAUACGAAGAAAAUUAUGGAAAAUUAGUGGAGAAAUUUACGUAGAUUUUUUUGUUGUUGUUUUUUUUUUUUAUCAGGCGUCAGUAGUGCAUUAAAAUCACAAUUUGGAUUUUGUUUGAUUGUGAGUGGUUAAACGAAAAAUGUUGAUUGCAUUUAUGCAUUUAUCUAUUCGAUUUAAAGGUGAUGAUUAUUGCCCAGCACAUUGUACGAAUCAAAUGUUUUGAUUUUAUAAAGAGAAGCCUAUUUUUAUGCGGUGCUUAAUUUUGUCUAGAGCUUUCUCUCUCUCUCUCUCGUUUUCAUAUUUUCUUUUUAUUUAAAUAAUAUUGGUGCGUGUGUGAAAAUCGGCCAACCAUAAAAACAAUAACAAACCAGGCCCCUAAAAACAGUGCAGCUCUUUUGUGUAUGAAAAGAAACAACGCAAUGCAUAAAUAGAUUCCAGCGCAUUGAUAUAAUCAUUUGUGGCAUUUUGUGAUUUAAAAUAUAAAACGAAGUGGCAAAUAAAUAUAUUUCACACCAUUCUAUUGACACAAAUGCUUUUUAUCGCAAAAGGGAAAUUUCAGUGUCAUUAAGCAGCCGUUUAUUUGUCUGUUUGCUUCAUCGUAUUCAAUUUUUGUAGAUUUUGACAUUGAAACGUGUCUAUAUUGAAAUCGAUAAAAAAAAAAAAUAAUAAUUAAAACGCGAAAAAAAUUGAAAUCGACGGCCAGGGUAUAUAUACGAUAACGCGGUAUGGAUGACGAACUAGAAGAUAAAGUGUUCUAUCAAACGUAUAUAUCACACAUGAGACUCUUGUCGAAAUUUGCUAUGGGUAUUUCGCCCUUGAACUCUACCAUGGCCUAUAUUUGGAAGCUGUUGCGUUUGUAUUGCAUACGACCGGAGGUAUUAUUGUUCGCUGUGCUGUGCAUUAUCUUUGUGAGUUAUUUGCAUGUGCUUGAAUUAUGGAGUCAAAAUGUGAUGCGACGUGUAAGUCAUCAUUUCGGUGUGCCAUUGUAUUCGCCACGAAAUACAGGCCGUACACCAGCUCGAUCACCGGCUGAACGAAACAGUUGGGAGGAAAUUCAUGAUUACGGCGCAGUUUAUGCGGUUCAAGGAAGGCGACCUCGAAUGGAAGAUCGCUAUGUAAUGUCUACAAAUAUUAAAGGCACAGAUGUUACGAUUUUUGGCAUUCUGGAUGGACAUGGUGGUGAAUUUGCGGCUGUAUUUGCCAAAGAACAGCUUAUGCAAAAAUUGAAUAAGAAAAUUGAAGAAGCCGUAAAUAUUGCAGCGGGAAAAGUGUCACCACUACCAAUGCGCCGAAAUUUCAUUGAAAAUAAAAUCGAUCAAGAGCCAACUAAUGAUGCAGACGAUAAGAAAAUGGAUGAUACAGUACAACCGCCCCGAACGCCUGGAUCUCAACGACGAAACAAAAUGAAAAAGGCAUUCAGUCAGGACGACGAUUGUAAUCCAACGAAAUCAAAUUGCAAAGAGGAACAUGGUUUAAUUUUGGGCAAAUUGACAUCGAUUCGAUUGGCUAAAGAGAGCUUCUUAAAGACAAAUAAUAAAAUGGUUAAACCGACUGAACAUGAUGCCGGAUACUAUGUAGAUAGAGAUAAGAAAAUUAAUUUCGGUAAAAUGGUUACCGAUCUUGUGCUACUCACCGACUAUGAACUUGUGGAAAAGGCGAAAAAAGAAGAAAAUGUUGCCGGAUCAACUCUGCUACUUGCUGUUCUAUACAAAACUCAAUUAAUUGUGGCCAAUGUGGGUGAUUCACGUGGUGUUAUGUGCGAUGGCAAAGGCAAUGUGAUCCCAAUGUCGUUUGAUCAUAAGCCACAGCAAACCAGGGAAUUGAAACGAAUUCAGGAAGCCGGCGGUUUUGUCCAAUUCAAAGGAGUAUGGCGAGUGGCAGGCAUAUUGGCGACGUCACGUGCCCUUGGUGAUUAUCCAUUGAAGGAGAAAAAUUUUGUCAUUGCAGAACCGGAUAUUUUAACAUUUGAGCUAAAUGAUCACAAGCCAAAAUUCAUAAUUCUUGCAUCCGAUGGGCUAUGGGAUACAUUUUCAAAUGAAGAAGCUGUGGCCUAUAUCAAAGACAAACUGAAUGAACCCCAUUUCGGCGCCAAAUCUAUAACAAUCGAAUCGUACAAUCGAGGCUCCGUCGACAAUAUAACCGUUAUGGUGAUUGUAUUCAAAGAUGGUCGAUAUCAAAUUGGUACCUCAAACAACUAAAAUACAAAUUGUUAUUUAUACACCUUACCAGAGGCUCUAAUAAUUGUUACUGUCUAGGUAAUUUAAAAUGGUUUAGAAAUCGAACGUUGUAAUGACGCCUCUGAGAUGUUUAAUUUUUGUUUAAUUUUAGUCAAAUUGGUUAUUAUGUCCUUGGAAUUUAUGUUAAGCAUUUACCUUUGAUUUCACAUGAUUUAUAUAUUUACAUUCAACCACGUGUCAAAUUCUAUGGACUUCAUUAUAUUCAUUAGUAAUAUUAAUAACAAUAAUAUUUACAGACACAAUAUUAAUGUGCACUCAUUCGAUGUCGAAAAAAAAUCUUUAUAACAAAAAGAACAUACAUAUUUUUGAGUAGAAAUCGAUACCGAAACGAAACAAACAAUGAAUGCUGUAUAAAUUUUUAUGCUCGACAUAACAAACGAACGAUUUAUGAAAAAUUAUAUUUUUUGGUGUUUCAGAGGAAAUGUAUUGAUAUUCUAUAUACUAAUUUAUUUGAAAAAGAAAUGAAAAAACAACAACAAACAUUAA